AUGGCGUCGAAAAGUAUUCCAAAUGCCGACCAACGAAAAAUUUCUACAUCAAAUCCUGGGGAUAAGAGCGGUCAUAUACCCAAAGCUAAGUUGUCCACUGUUGCUUCUGCCAUAGCGAGGUUUCAGGCUACUGACAAGGGAAGUGAUAAAGUAGAAAAAGCCCCCGCGAGAAAUUUUACCAGAAACGUUGCCAAAGACAAAAUAGAAGCUUCAAAAUCGCAGACACCAUUCAGUACGGCUGCUCAAAUUGCCGCUUUAAAUUCUAGAAUACAAGCUUUGGAUACGGAUCUCGAUGUUACCAAAACGAAAGAAACAACAAAUAAUAAAUCAUUACCUUCCACUGUUGACAAUAAAUCCGAAACUCCUAUUAGCAACAUAGAAACUACUCUCCUACAAUACAAAAAACAUACUCGAGAUAAUUCGGAUUCAAGUAAUCAACUUCGACUUUCUGAGAAUUCGCAAAGUACUGUUAGCACAACCCUUACAACUCCCAUUGAGAGUACUGACCCGAAAUUUGAUUUACUGAACCCUAAUUCCAAGAAUGAUGAGGCGACAAUUGCUUCUAUUGAGAGGAAGCACAAAGAAGAAUUGGUCAA